CUACCAUGAAAGACUUCAGAGUCCAGGAAGAGAGACUGACUGGGCAACAUCUUAUUCAGUCCACAUCCUUCACAGUUUGGAGAGGCCAUGGCUGGGUAGACCUAUAAAUGAAUCUUCUGGAGUCUUUGAGAAGGAAGAUGAACCUUCUUCAAGAUACCCACCAAGUUCGUUCCAGUUCCUGAUGCCAAUGUAUAGUUGGCUGAGAAUCAGUCACAUGGAAGCCGCCGGACGCAGGCGAGGCCGACAGACCUACAGCUGCUACCAGACCCUGGAGCUGGAGAAGGAGUUCCUAUUUAAUCCCUACCUGACUCGCAAGCGGCAAAUCGAGGUAUCGCACGCGCUGGGACUGAAAGAGGUCAAAAUCUGGUUCCGGGACCGGGGGAGGAAGUGGAAAAAAGAGAACAAAAAAGACAAGUUCCCCAGCAGGAAAUGCGAGCAGGAAGAGCUGGAGAAACAGAAGCUGGAGCGGCCCCGGAGGCGGCGGACGAGGGCGAUGCGCAGAAGGGCGACAAGAAGUAGGCUCCACCUGGGACUGCCAGGGCCGCAACCGCCAGCGCCGCCGCGGCGCGCCCCUGCCCGAGAGAGCUCUGGCCUCGCUAGCCGGGCCAGGAGCCGGGCUUCCCACCGCAGCGUCCCCCGCCGGGCCAGUCCCCGCUAGUGGUAGUAUCUCGUAAUACCUUCUGUGUAUGAGCUACCGUGGAUCUCAUUGCCUUCUCUUGGGGGCCAGGGGGGAAGAAAAGGAUUUAAGCAAGGACUUUAUCGCCCCGUGAGGGUGAGCGGCCAAGGCCCGGCUGAGCCCCCCGUGCCCCUCCCCACCCCGUGUAAAAAGCCUCCUUGUGCAAUGGUAUUUUUUUCCUUUGAACAUGCUUCUUUGUAAUGACUGAGGUGCCGAUUUCAGCUAAGUUCUCCCAACAACAUGAAACUGCUUAUUCACGCCGUAAUUCUUUCUGUCUCCUCUCUCUCUGUCUCUCUUGCUGCGUCCUCAUUUCCCCUCCCAAUCCUUUCUCCCCGCUGCACCCCCCGAGCUCGCUGGCUUUCUCUCUGGCUUCUCUCUUUUCCUCCUCCACCUUUGGUUUGACAAUUUUGUCUUAAGUGUUACUCAGAAGAAGUUAGCAUGCGCACUGUGGGCAAUUGUUACAAGUGUUCUUAGGUUUACUGUGAAGAGAAUGUAUCCUGUAUCCGUGAAUUGCUUUACUGGGGGGAGGGAGGGCUAAUUAUAUAUUUUAUUUUUCCUCUA